AUGUACAUCACCCUCUACUACAUAGUCACCCGGCUCCCUGACUCUCUACGCGUAGUCAGGGACCACUUCCUCUCUGUCUGCCCCACCACUCUCACCGUUGACCUCCUCGAGAAGGCCCUCCUAGCAGCAGAGAAGAGCAUAGUUACUGUAGGAGCCUCUCAUGGUGACCCUUGCACCCCCGUCUUUGAGGGGUGUUCUCCCUCCCCCCUCUUGCCCUCUGUUGCCUCUGCUGCUGCGGCCGACCUCGUUGGUUUCGAGUCGGUCGGCGUUGCGUCUCCCCCGAGCAGAAGACGCCGCACCGGCAAGGGCAAGGGGGGCAACAGCGCUGGAGGGGCUGGAGGGGGCAGUGGAUGUGGUGGUGGAGGCAAUGGAGGGAGUGGGGGUGGUGGUGGGAGUGGUGCCGGGGGUGGUGGCGGCCGCGGCAGCAGUGGAGGCGGUGGAGGUGGCGGAGGGAGCAGAGGCGGCAGAGGUGGUGGAGGAGGGGGAGGUGGAGGAGGCGGCGGAGGCGGCGGCGGAGGUGGCAGUGGUGGAGCGGGUCGCGACUCUGCGCCGAGGAGUGACGCCGGUGGUGGUCAGCGCCAGCAGCAGCAGCGGAGUGGUGUGACCCUGUCCCCUCAGCAGCUUCGUGAGUGGUACACUGCACGUCAGCGCGGUGGGGGUUUUGGUCCCUGCGCUUACGUCCUCCGUACCGGCGACCGCGCUGUCGGGGUUGCUAUCUUUGAUCUUGACUUUGAUGCUAUUCUUGCUGCCAUGUAUGCUGUUGCUGAUAGUGUUGAGGGUGCCUGUUACCUGUGUGUACCGCCUGACCCGGGCAUUGAGGCCGCUGCUCUAGGUGCUGGUGAGGAUGCUGCUCUAGGUGCUAGUGCGUCUGCUGCCCGAGGUGCUAGUGCGUCUGCUGCCCCAGGUGUCAAAUUUAUAUGA